AAGAACAAAGCACAUUGUGUCCAGAAAAAGAAGAAGCAAAAGCAAACUUAGUUUACAGGUAGCUAACCGAAAAUGAGCAGCCUGGAAGAAGCACUGCUGCAGAAGCCGCCCCCGUCGGUGGUUGUGUGCCACCACGAAGCGGCGGCCUGCCACCAUGAGGGGUGCCCCGGGUGCGCCAUGGACCGGAGGAAGGAGAGCCUCCGCGGGAGGAUCCCUUACAAGGAGCUUUUCUUCGUCGCUGCCACCACUCUCGCUGGAUCUCUACCAAUCACGUGCCUCUUCCCCUUCAUGUAUUUCAUGGUUAGAGACUUCAACAUUGCUAAAAGAGAGGAAGAUAUUGGAUCCUAUGCUGGUUUUCUUGCUGCUUCAUACAUGAUUGGAAGAGCCAUUACCUCGAUAUUUUGGGGUAUUGCCGCAGAUCGUCUCGGACGAAAGCCUGUAAUUGCAUUUUCAAUGCUAUCUGUGGUCAUACUUCAGAUAUUCUUCGGGCUAAGUACAAAAUAUUGGAUGGCGAUUGCUGCAAGACUUCUUCUAGGUUCUCUAAAUGGAUUACUUGGACCAAUUAAGGCUUAUGCCAUUGAAGUUUGUCAAACUGAACACCAAGCUCUUGGCAUCUCAGUUGUGAAUACCGUGUGGGGUUUGGGUGUUGUUAUUGGUCCGGGACUUGGUGGCUACCUUGCCCAGCCUGCUGAAAAAUAUCCACAGACCUUUUCCAAGGAGUCAGUUUUCGGGAGGUUCCCAUAUCUGUUGCCUUGUCUCGUUGUGUCAAUCUUUGCUGCCAUAGUUCUAAUAAGUUGUAUAUGGCUUCCGGAGACUAUACAUAAACAUAAGAUUACUGAAAAGGAUAUCAGAAUAGUCAAAGCCUUGCCAUCGCAACAGGCUCAUUGGGAUAUGCCUCGUAAGAAGAGUUUGCUUCAGAACUGGCCAUGGAUGUCAACUAUGCUAUCAUACUGUUUGUUUGGUCUUCAUGAAACGGCAUAUAGUGAGAUACUCUCUAUAUGGGCUGUGAGUGACAGCAAGUACGGCGGCCUUAGCUUCUCAUCUGGAGAUAUUGGUCAGGUUCUUUCUGUGUCAGGUGCUAGCCUUCUUGUAUAUCAGCUUAUAAUUUAUCAUUGGGUUAAUAAAUUUCUCGGGCCACUCAAUUCAUCGCGCAUUGCUUCCUCUCUAUCUAUUCUUGUACUCGCUACGUUCCCUUUUAUGACAUAUCUGUCUGGAACAAAACUGUCUUUCGCAAUUUACGCUGCAGCCAUGACAAAAAGUGUUCUCGGAAUUACUAUCAGUUGUGGAAUGUGCCUUCUUCAGAACAAUGCAGUGCGUCAAGACCAGAGAGGCACUGCAAAUGGUAUAGCGACAACCGGCAUGUCGUUUUUCAAGGCAGUUGCUCCAGUAGGGGCAGGAAUUCUAUUCUCGUGGGCGCAAAAACGUCACGAUGCCACCUUCUUCCCAGGCGAUCAAGUGGUGUUCUUGAUGCUGAUUUUGGUGCAGCUCUGUGGACUGAUAUCUACCUUCGAGCCGUUCCUGGUCUUGCCUCCAGUAGAAGAAUGUCGGUAGAACAUAGAGGGGAGAUCACAACGUGCGACUACAGUAGUCAACAGUUGCUGGAGGCCCAAGAUCCUACUAGGAAUACCCAAGUGAAACGCACAUGUGACGAGGAUCAUUAACCAAGUCAACCCUUUAUAUGUGUUAGUAGUAGCGAAUGGUUAUCAGAGACAGGAGCGGUUACCCAUGUGGGAAAUGCUUUCUACACUUCUAUUAGAUGUAAUGCUUUCUACACUUGAUAGCGGUUCCAACACUUCAACACCCGAAACGGCACAACUACCCGAUACAAGACAGUUGAAGCGAGAGCACUUGGAAAACCCGAUACUCUGUAUUUUGUAUAAUUAUGUGGCCAGGAAGUAUACGAUAAGCUCUUGUUUUUUGAAGGGAAUGCCAUAUGGCAAACUUUGUUCAUUC